AUGACGCUCAAAAGUAACAAGUGCGGGAACGCUUUGCCUCCGAAGAAGAAGAGUAACAAUCUCGCGAUGAAAUCAACCGCGACGGAUUCCGAGGAAUUGUCCUCGUCGGACGCGGAAAUCUUGGCGCAAAUUGCCGCCAUUAAAGCGGAAAACGAAGCUUUGAAACGCGAUUUGCAAGCCAAAGUCUCCACGGUGAAGAAGACGAAGAGUGCGAAUACUACUACUACGAAUAAAACGAGCGGCGGUAACAACGGGAAAAGUAGGGCUACCGCUGCCACCGAGAAGGAGAGUAAAACGACGACGAGUGAAAAAGGAGGGAAAGUUGAACCAGCGUUCGCCGGGGAGUUGCCGGAUGUGUACGUCGGGGGCGAUUCGGAGUAUACGGUGGAGAACGCGGCGAAGGAAGCCGCCGCAGCAGCAGCAGCUUCUUCUUCGUCGUCGUCGACGGCGACUGAAAAGAGUACCCCCGCGCCACCGACCUCCUCCUCAUCUGCUUCUUCUGGGUCUUCAACGUCUCUGUUAACGCCAGGUUUUGAAAUCGAUCCGAUCGUGAAAUCGGAAUCGCCGAAAAAUAUCGUUUUUGUCACCUCUGAAGUCGCGCCGUGGUCGAAAACGGGCGGUUUAGCGGACGUUUGCGGGUCGUUGCCGCAAGCGCUGGUGGCGAGAGGCCAUCGCGUGAUGGUUAUCGCUCCGAGAUAUUUGAACGGAACGAAAAGCGAUAAAUUAUACGAAGGCGCGUUCGAUACGUGCGUGAAAUCAAAGUUAGGAUGUUUCGAAGGGUUGCAAGAGGUUGGGUAUUUCCACCAGAUCAAAAACGGCGUCGAUUACGUGUUCGUGGACCAUCCUUCGUACCAUCGGGCGGGAUCGUUAUACUCUGACGUGACCAAUAAAACCUACGGCGAUAACCAGUUUAGAUAUACUUUGUUGGCACACGCCGCGUGCGAAGCGCCUUUGGUGUUGCCGUUCGAGAACACCGGCGGGAGAUACGGCGACGACGUCGUUUUCGUCGCCAACGAUUGGCACGCCGGUUUGGUACCGCUUUUAGUCGCCUCGAAAUAUAGACCGCACAACGUCUACGGCAACGCGAGAACCAUCUGCGCUAUUCACAAUAUCGCGCACCAAGGCGUGGAACCAAACACGACGUUCCCAAACUUAGGCGUUCCCGGAGAAUGGUACAGCGCUUUAGAGUACCAAUACCCAGAAUGGAUGCGAGCGCACGAGUUGGACGAAGGCAAAGUCGUGAACAUUUUGAAAGGCGCGAUUGCAACGUCCGAUCGCGUUUUAACCGUUUCGGAAGGGUACGCGUACGAAAUUACCACUCCGGAAGGAGGUAAAGGUUUGGAAGGUUUGUUGGCGGCGCGAUCGCACCGAUUAAACGGCGUCGCGAACGGCAUCGACUUGGAAGAGUGGAACCCGAGCGACGAUAAAGAUUGCGCGGCUCCGUAUUCCAUCUUGGAUUUCAGCGGUAAAUUGGAGUGUAAAAGAGCGUUGCAACGAGAGAUGGGUUUGCCGGAAAGAGACGACGUCCCGGUCCUCGGCUUCAUCGGUCGAUUGGAUUGGCAAAAAGGUCCGGAUCUCAUUCGCGACGCGUUAGGGGCGUUGAUGAAUGAAGAUUGUCAAGUCAUCAUGCUUGGCUCUGGUUUAACCGAAUUGGAAGAGUGGAUGAAAUGGGCGGAAGGGCAGUACCCGGACCGAUUCCGAGGGUGGGUUGGAUUCUCCAUCCCCAUGGCGCACAGAAUUACCGCCGGCGUGGACAUUUUCUUGAUGCCCUCGCGAUUCGAACCGUGCGGUUUGAACCAGUUGUAUUCCAUGCGAUACGGUACGUUACCGGUCGCGCACGCCACGGGAGGUUUAAGAGACACCAUCAAACAACACAAUCCGUUCGCGGAUAUCUCGAAACCAGAAGAAGUUGGUGAAGUCGGUACCGGAUGGUUGUUCGAUAACAUGUCCACGCAAGAUUUCAUCGAAGCGACGAAGUGGUCUAUUCACGUGUUCAAAGAAAAGAAGGACGUUUGGAGAGCUAUGCAAGUCCAAGCGAUGACGCAAGACUUGAGUUGGAACAAGAAAGCGGCGGAAUGGGAACAAAUCUUCGAUUGGGCGAAGGUUGACCCGCCUCAUUGCACUUAA